AAUUGCUACAUUGACCUUUGACACAAGAGAGGGCGAGUCAUCGUUUUGCUAAAUUGCGAGAUAUGUUCCUUGAAAUAUGGUACGUUUUUAGCGCAGAUUGCUACUCUUUAUAGAUUAUAAAAUGGCCAACGGAAAGCGCAGGGAUCGUAAAGCAUCGUGAGAAUCGCUUGGAAUGGACAACUGAACCAGAAAAGGCAAGAUUUGACACUGUUUGAUGUCACAUUUCUGCUCGUCAGUAUCUACGUCUACAGUCACCUGACGGUGUGGCUGGCUGUGCAUGUUGUGUCGAAUCCAGAACUCCCGAAUCCGUACUUCGAACAUUUUCGAAUCUCGACACCGAAAAAGGGAAAUUCAGUCACCAGGAGGCACCACACCAACGAAUGAACCAAGUUGAACUUCAGAAAGUAUUUUAACAAGUGUCUGUAAAAGAACGAUGAGCAGAGCAGCAUAGUGGGUUUUUUUUGCUCGGAUUCAAGCCAGUGAUACAGCAAGAAUGAGUGGCAGUCGGGUGGAUUUGAAGGUUGUGCUACUGGGCAAGGAGUACGGAGGAAAGACAAGCCUGGUGGAGAGGUACCUCCAUGACAGAUUCCACGGGGAUGUUCCUUAUCAAAACAGAGCUUCCAAGAAAAGCCCCUUUUACUCACCAACCAUCGGGGCAGCAUUUGGUGCCAAGAAAGUUGAAGUGGAAGGCAGAACAGUCACCAUGGGAGUGUGGGACACAGCCGGAUCGGAGCGGUACGAAGCCAUGAGCCGGAUCUACUACCGAGGGGCUAAGGCUGCCAUAGUGUGUUACGAUCUUACAGACACAACCAGCUUCGACAGGGCCAAGUUCUGGGUGGAAGAACUCAAGAAGAAUGAAGAGUUUUGCAAGAUUUAUUUAUGCGGUACUAAGUUUGACCUUGUGGAUGACGACAGGAAGAGAAGACAGGUGGACUACCACAGUGUGACAGAUUACGCGGAAGAACUCCAUGCAGAGGUGUUUGAAACUUCAAGUAAAACUGGCUACAACAUCAAAGAGCUAUUCUUUAAAAUUGCUAAAGAUUACGUUCGAGAGCCCAGGAAUAACGACACAGCCCAAGUUGGGCACCAGCCUUCAUUGGACAUUACAACUGACAUCUUCCUGUCCUUCCUGGGCUAG